CAGUUUCCUCCAGGCGGCCCGAGCUGUGCACACAUCAGUGCACACUCAUGAUUCAUCCUCUGUGCUGUUCAAAAGCUCUGAGCACCCAGGGCUGUGCUCCAUCCCAGGCAGCAGGGCUGUCCCAAUCAAGUUCUUGAAGUUCAGGCUGGGAGGAGAAAAUGGGAAGGCUCCGUGUGAUUCUUCAAAUUCUUGUGCUGGCGCUGUGUACUGCUGGAGUCUGGGGAAGCAACAUCUGUACCACUCGCGGAGUGAGCUCCUGCAAGCAGUGCCUGGCUGUCAGCCCAGGGUGUGCAUGGUGCUUCCAGGAGGACUUAGGGCAGGGAACUCCUCGCUGUGACUGGAAAGAGAACCUCCUACAAAAUGGCUGCAAAUUGGAUUUCAUCGAGUUCCCAGUCAGCAGCAUCAAAGUUGAAAAGAAUGACUCACUCAGUGACACUGGCUCUGGAGACACCGUUGCCACCCAAAUGACCCCCCAGAGAAUCAAACUCAUCUUACGAUCAGAUGACUCCCAAAUCUUCUCUGUCCAAGUGCGCCAAGUGGAGGACUACCCAGUGGACAUCUACUACCUGAUGGAUCUGUCUAACUCCAUGAGGGAUGAUCUCAGUAACAUCCAAAACCUGGGCACCAACCUAGCUAAGGAGAUGAGCAAGCUCACCAGCAACCUGCGGAUUGGCUUUGGGGCCUUUGUGGACAAGCCCAUAUCACCGUACAUGUACAUCUCACCACAGGAAGCCAUUGACAAUCCUUGCUAUGAGAUGCAGUAUGACUGCCUUCCUAUGUUUGGCUACAAGCAUGUCCUGGCACUCACAAACCAAGUGAAACGCUUCAACGAGGAGGUGAAGAAGCAGAGUGUCUCACGAAACCGUGAUGCACCGGAAGGGGGGUUCGAUGCCAUUAUCCAAGCAAUCGUCUGUGAUGAGAAGAUUGGUUGGAGGAAUGAUGCUUCCCACCUGCUGGUCUUCACAACAGAUGCCAAGACCCACAUUGCACUGGAUGGGCGGCUGGCAGGCAUCGUGCAACCUAAUGAUGGGCAGUGCCACAUUAACCAAGAUAACCUCUACUCAGCAUCCACCACACUGGACUACCCCUCCCUGGGCCUGAUGACUGAGAAGCUCUCACAGAAGAACAUCAAUUUGAUCUUUGCCGUGACGGAGGCUGUGGUAGGCCUCUACCAGAACUAUAGUGAGCUGAUUCCAGGCACGACCGUGGGGACCCUGUCUGGAGACUCCAGCAACGUCUUGCAACUCAUUGUGGAGUCCUAUGGGAAAAUCCGUUCCAAGAUAGAGCUGGAAGUGCGGGACCUGCCUGAGGAGCUGUCCCUCUCCUUCAAUGCCACCUGCUUGAACAACGAAGUAAUCCCUGGGCUUAAGUCAUGCGUUGGACUCAAGAUAGGUGACACGGUGAGCUUCAGCAUUGAGGCCAAAGUACGGGGCUGCCCACAACAGCGGCAGAAAUCCUUCACCAUCAAGCCCGUGGGCUUCAAGGACAGCCUGACUGUAGAGGUGGAUUUUGUCUGUGACUGUGGCUGCCAAAAGAAUGCUGAGCCCAACAGCUCCAUCUGCAACCAGGGCAAUGGCACCUUUGAGUGUGGUGUGUGCAGCUGCUACGAGGGCUGGCUGGGUUCCCACUGUGAGUGCUCUGAGGAGGAGUACAACCCCUCACAGCAGGACAACUGCAGCCCCCAGAAGGGGCAACCCCUCUGCAGCCAAAGGGGGGAGUGCAUCUGUGGCCAGUGCGUCUGCCACGGCAGCGACUUUGGCAAGGUGACGGGCAAGUACUGCGAGUGUGAUGAUUUCUCCUGCAUCCGCUUCAAGGGCGAGAUGUGCUCAGGUCAUGGGCAGUGCAGCUGUGGGGAUUGCCUGUGCGACUCUGAUUGGACAGGGGACUACUGCAACUGCACCACACGCACUGACACAUGCAUGUCCAGCAAUGGACUGGUGUGCAGUGGGCAUGGCCACUGUGUGUGCGGGAAGUGUGACUGCACACAGCCUGGCUCCUACGGGGACACCUGUGAGAAGUGCCCCACCUGUCCCGAUGCCUGUACCAUCAAGAAGGAGUGUGUGGAGUGUAAGAAGUUUGAGAGGGGAACCCUGAUGGAGGAGCAAACCUGCAGCCGCAACUGCCGUGACGAGAUUGUGCCAGUGGAGGAACUUAAUGACAAAGGCAAAGAUGCAGUGAACUGCACCUACAAGGAUGAGAACGACUGUGUGGUGAGGUUCCAGUACUAUGAGGACUCCAGCGGGAAAUCCAUUCUCUAUGUCAUUAAGGAGCCAGACUGCCCUAAGGGGCCUGAUAUCCUUGUGGUCCUGCUCUCCGUGGCAGGAGCCAUCCUACUUAUUGGCCUGGCAGCCCUGCUCAUCUGGAAGCUGCUCAUCACUAUCCAUGACCGGCGGGAGUUCGCCAAGUUUGAGGAGGAGAAAGCAAAGGCAAAGUGGGACAUGGGCAACAACCCCUUGUACAAAGAAGCCACAUCUACCUUCACUAACAUCACGUACCGUGGGAAUAUGUAAGGAGACUUGCCUUCCCCUCCCCAGCACUGGCCAUGGAUCAGCUGAGGAAUGUGAGAGUCCCCCAAGAUAUGUUUACAGAAGACCUUGCCUGUGUUUAUGUGUUUUCAUGUGUUUAAUUUAAUGACAACCCUUCAGGCUGCCUCCAAGGACCAGACAUCCAUGUCAGCCCACUGUAACGCAGAGAUAUUCCUCUUGAACUAAGCCACUGUCCUGAUAUUACCUCGGCAUGCCCAGUACAUGGAAGUAGGCUGUCCUUCCAUACACUGAACCAGGAGGAGUAGGGCAUGCUUUGCGUGGGCACACUAUCCACACUGUGCAGGCCAGGCUGCAUGUUCUCUUCUCCACUGGAAGCCUGCUACAGCUGAGUCACACCACAGGACGCUGUGAGGGAGGAGGAGAACCUGGCUUUGCCCCAUCUCCAUGCCUUUCUGUAGUCCUGGAAGUAGAGGCACCACUGGAAUGACUCACAUGUGGGAAGACCUUGCAUGACCCUCAGCUGAGGAGUUCCUGCCACUCCUCUGGACUAAGGUGUGCCGUGAACUGGCCUUGCCCCUUCUAGGUGCAGAGCUGUCUCCCUCAGGACAGAGGGACAGUGAUUCCCUGCCAGCCUGCUACCAGGAGAUAUUCCCUGUUGGGAGAAAGGACUUGAUCUUCCUAUCCCAGUCACUGGUUGCAUAUCCCAGUCCAGUGCUUCUGGUGGCCAUGUAGCUCUGGCCCUUAUGCUCCUUAGGAAAGCAAAAAAACCAAGCUGUGCCUGACCUAGCUGUACACUCCUUCAUCACCUGCUGCACCCAGUGUGGUCACACCAAGAAGCAGGGGAUGGUCAGCCAUCCCAUCCCUCACUACACCUCUUGCACAUACACCUCAUCUGCACAGCUGUGGGCUGUGCUGAGGUCCCAGAAUUCAUAUCUACGCCACCCCUCUUCUCCCCAUCGUCCCCUCCCAUGCACACACACAGAAGGACAACUGACUCCACAAUGAGAAGGCAGAAACUCUCCUAAAAGACUGGCUCUGAGGAACGGUGUGAGAUACCACUUUUUGCCACACCAACCAGACACCAGCUGAAUCCACCAGGAUAUAUGCCCUGCGGAGCACAGCCAACAGACCUUCUGGGUCACCCAGGGCAAGUGGGGGCUCUUCCCUGGGUUUUGUCUUCCAUUUUUGAAAGAAGAAGAAAACAAAGCUGAUUGCCCUUUGCAACGUGGGGAUGGAAAAUGCUAGUCAGCAUUCAGUAACAGAAACUGGUUGGGUAUGAGCAAGUCAUGCUAGAUGUCUAGGCUGGGGUCCAAUUCACAUAACUGCAGCAAGUCUGAGACACUUGAAAAUUUGUCCCUAGCAAAAUGCUGAUCCUGUCCCUGGGCUCUCUGCUUUGAACAGCAGCUGCAGACUUGGGGAAGCCUUUUUUCCAGGUGGCUGCCACAGGAUCCAGGAAGUUGGGAUUCCUGGGUUCCGCAGCCUGAUCUUGCCUAUGUAGCACUAUGCCUCAGUUUCUCUCUCUGCAGAAAUGGGACUUCGGACACCUCAAUCAAAGCCCAGAGUUAGUGGAAGGAGGUCAAGUUGCCUGUGCUGUAGACAGACAAUUGUCACUUGUGCCAGGAAGGCCAUGAUGCUGGCAUGCAAAGGCAGUAAGCACCUCAAAUUCCUCAUCUUGUGCUAUGGAGCCAAGCACCUUCUGUCUUCUAGGUGGAAAGCUGCAAAGCAGAGUUCUCUUCCCUGCCUAGACCUAGCAGUGCUCCUGGCCAAGUUCAAGGCACUCAGUUAUUGACAGCUCUCCUGAAAAGCCAUCCAUGGCUUAUCCAUAAACACUGCCCCUAUGUGGGGGCAAUGGCCCAAGCCCUGACCUCUUCUGGUAGUACACAGUAUGGCCAUUGAACCCUCACUUGUCACAACAGCAUGGAAAGAAAUAGCAUAGUUUGCACUGGCAGGGAAGGUGGGAUGGAUUACCUGGGAAGGUGACUCCCUUCCCUCCCACCGGCAUCCAACAGAGCUGUCCCAGCACCAAGACUGUUGUGAGACACCCUAAAGGAUGCAGGUCCAUGAUAAGGAGCUGGGGCCCCAAACUUAGAAUUGUCUACUCCUCCAACUAUAUAGUCAACAGCAAUUCAGAAUAGGGGCAGCAGCAGACCCAGACAGAAAAGAUGCAUGCCUGGCCUUCCCCAGAUAGAACAAAAUAGACCUGGAGUGGGGCCUGACUCCCGUGGGUGUGAGGACCUGUUGAACCAGCAUGGUGAGAUAUCCCCUUCCCCCUGCCAUCUGCAUUCAGUCCUUCGUGCUAUGGCUUCCCCUGCCUGCAUGGCCUGGUGCAUGCUAGCCCCACUCAGCACUUACUAUCACCCACGCCAACCACACUGUCACUGCUGUACACUUCCAUGUGCAUUGUGAAUAUACAGCAAUGAAUACCCCAGUGCUGGUCACCCCCACCCUGUUCUCAAGGUGGUUAAUACUUGGGGCAUGAAAGAAAAGUAGGAUUCCCAAAAAAGAGAGGUAAGGAGACACGUCCUGAAACCACCGAGCUGUCCCUUCCAGAUCCCAGGUAAGGGCAGAAGGGAGGGGAGCUUGAGUUCAUUCCCACCCAACUGGAAGGCCCAGAACUGAUCAGAGAGGAGCCCAGGGUGGAGUGUAUGAUUUUUGCUGCUCAAGCUCCAAUGGACACUUUAAAUGGCACCAAAUAAAGAGCCUCCUGCCACCAAA